AGGGAGGUGCCCAUGGAUAACUUCAAAAAAAGCUAAGAAGGAAGCGCGGAGGAGAUGGAGGCGGACAAACUUAUGGUCCCCCACAUUGGGGACCAAGGCUCUCAGAGGAGUAGCGUCUCUUCCACCGGUCCUCGCGCCCAGGACGUCCUGGUUUACCUGGUGGAUGACACUGUGGUGCGCCUGACGAUGGACAACCUGCCCUCCGUCACAGCUCACGAGUUGCAGCGCAUGGUCCUGGAUGUGCUGAAGCUGCCCGAAAGCGCCCAAGAGAUCUUUUCCUUGUGGCUCGUCUCCCCCUUCCUUGGGGUUCAGCUGAAACCCAAACACCAACCGUACAAGAUCUGCCGGCAGUGGCAGGAGCUGCUCUUACGGUUCACCAGCUGCCCCGUGGAUGAGAUCGUGGAAGACGAACCCUCACUUCAAUUCCGCAGAAAUAUCUUUUUUUUGAGAAGGAAGGAGCUGCAGAUUCAGGAUGAAGACGUUCUGCGGCUCUUGUACGAAGAGGCCAAGCACAACGUCCUGGAAGGGAGGUUUCCGGGUGAUCUGGCCGAUUGUGACGCAUUGGGAGCCCUGGUUUGCCGAAUCAACUUAGGCCCCUACAACCCGGAGCAGCACACGGCUUCGUUCCUGAAAGAGAAGCUGGAUUGCUUCCUGCCCUCCCACCUUUGCCACCGAGGCCACAAGCUCUUUGCCAGCCUUCGCAAACGGACCGGCUCCCAUCCGCCCGUCAGUGAGCAGGGUCUCCUGCGGGCCUUUCGCGAGGUCCCAGAGGCUGGGGCUUGCGAAGAACACGCCACUCUGCUCAGGUUGUACCACGCCUACCUGCAAAAGUGCCACGAGCUUCCUUAUUACGGCUGUGCCUUCUUCUUUGGGGAAAUAGACAAGCCGGUUCAGGGAUUGCUACAUCGGGCUGGCCGCAAAGCCGUGACGGUGGCCAUUAGCCUGGAAGGCGUCUAUGUCAUGGACACCAAAGAGAAGUAUGUCCUGCUGGGCCUGAGGUUCCAGCAGUUAUCGUGGGAUCACACAGUUCCAAACGAGGAGGAACCUAUCCUGUGGUUGGAAUUCGAUGGGGAAAAUGAAGGCCAGCAAGUGAACAAGUUGCUCAAGAUUUACUCUAAGCAAGCCGAGCUGAUGAGUAGCUUAAUCGAAUAUUGUAUUGAGCUGAACACAUCUGCCAGGGGGCUGGAUUCGGAGCCCGCCACGGCCGCAGUGCCCACGUCUGAUCAGCAGCCGCCCAAAAUUCAGCGACAGAGCAGUGUGCUCUGUAGCCGGAUCCAGCGCUUAGCCACCAUAGACUACGUUGAGGAAGGGAAAGAGAUCAAGCGGGUGAAACCUCGUCGUACGACAUCCUUCUUUGGCCGCCAGCUGUCGAAUGCCCCUACCUCCUACUCAGCGGUACGGGCAGCUGAGAACUUAGAACAGGGCUGAUCCCCAUUUUUGUUCCUGGGGUAGAAAGGGGACCAGAUCACUUUGGGGGCAAGUUGACUCAAAGGCCAGCAGCCUUGACUCCAGGUUGUACUUGCUGCUCUACCUCCAACUCCCCGUGUAGAUUUCCUUACAGUGUCUGACUUCAUUCCUGCGCUCAGUCUUACAAGGGUUGGGGCCAUCAAGAAUCUACCAAGCUACCUUAAAUCCAGAUGUUUGAGUUUGUUCCUAGUAUUACAGCAGAGCUGCCGUAAGAGAUCCGUUCUCCUUGCUUGCAUAAGUGCCACGGUUACAUUUCCCCCCUCCAAACUCAUUUGGGCACGAGUCGUAAUUCUCAAUUGCUGAUUUCUUCCUGCUUCUGUAUGAUUGGGGGGGGGGGGAGAUUAUCUCACAAUCCCCAUCUUGUGUGUGAAUCAGAGUUGUUUGUAGCUCAAACCUUUGGAAUGAGACUCUGUUUGAGGGAAGGGGAGGCAUUUUGAGGUGGUGUGGGGGGCAGAAUGAUAAAAUGACCCCUUUUCUUUUUUUUGCAAUGGACUGUAUAUUUGAGGAGGGUCUCUUUCCUCUGUGCCUGGAAAUUUCUGCGCUGUUUUGGGGGCUACUGGCUUCUCUUUUGUCCAACACCAAGAGAAAUGCAUCUGGGUGAUCGCUGGUUUGUAUCCCCCUCUGAAUUUCUGUUUGGAAAAAAGAGUACCCCCCCCCCUUUAAAACAAACACCAUUUCAGGCUCUUGUUUGUCCACCUGUUGACUUUUACCUAGGGAGGUGUUGCAAUAAAAACAAGAAUUAAAAAAACACACCUGCGUGACAUUCCUUUGAAUUGAUUAGUUUCCCCGAGUGCUGGCACUAAUUAAAUUCAUGUUUGGCUAAGCCACAAUUAAUUCUGGCUGCUCAGAUUAGCAGAAAGGGUGUUUUAAAGGCUGAUGGUGUGAUGUGACCUUCCAUUGCAGUCACGGGAAGUGGAUAGGUCUACAUUAACAAAAUAGGAUGUCUGUGUUUGGACAUGUAGUAAGUUACAAUUGGGGCGGGGGGAAGCAUCACACAGCCAAUAUGCGUGUGUGUAAUAUCUCCACAGGGACGCAGGGGCUUGGUGGCUAAGACACUGAGGUCUAUCAGAAAGGUCGGCAAUUUGGCGAUUC